AUGGCGCACAGCUCCCCCUCGGUUUUCGACGAAACGCCCACGCCCGACGCUCCCGAGAUGGUCACCAAGACCUCGACGCCUUCGAGCGCGCCGGCCGCCACAAGCGUCAGCGUCUCGUCUGCCAGCACAACUGCGACCGCUUCGUCCUCCUCCUCUGCCGUGGCCUCGACGCCGACGCUGACAUCGAGCGACUGUCUGCCGAGCGCUGUCUCUCCCGCCAGCGCGAUCGUGUCGUCCGACGUGCUGUCGCCGUCGCCAAUCGCACUGCAGAGCGCCCAGACGUCUCUGACGUUCCGGAAGAGCUGCCUCAAGCGCUCCAAGUCGUCGACGCGCUCUGCGACUGCGCGCGUGACUCCGGUGGCGGGCAGCGAGGGGGAGACGGAGCCUGGACAGGAGCAUAUGGGACUGCAACACGUGGCGCAGGUGAACCGCCGACGCUGCUGGGAGUGUAAGGCUAAGGUUGGGUUGACGGCCGUCACAUGCCGCUGCAGCUUCACGUUCUGCAGCAAGCAUCGGUACGCGGAGGAGCACGAGUGCGGGUUUAAUUUUAAGACGGCGGCCAAGCGCAAGUUGGUGGAGGACAACCCGGUGGUUGUGCCGAGCAAAGUGGCGCGGAUUAACUAA